UUUUCCAAUAAUAAAUGCGUUUCCAAGUUCUACCGAACAAAUCGUUCUUACGUUUUGCAUUUUCUAGCCAAGACAUCGCCUCUCUUCCGCGAUCUUGCUUCUCAGGUUAUCCGUCUCUGAUUCUUGCUGAUUUUGCUUCCUUGAGCAAUUGAAGAUAAUAAGAAUAACUGUUGCUUAAACGCUGGAGUUAUGGCUGAGGAGGGUCAGAAAGUCACUUUGAAUGUUUAUGACUUGAGCCAAGGUCUAGCGCGGCAGCUGUCCACUGCCUUCCUUGGGAGACCCAUCGAGGCCAUAUGGCACACAGGAGUUGUUGUGUAUGGCAAUGAAUAUUAUUUUGGUGGAGGUAUUCAACAUGAUCCUGCUGGAAGAACCCCGUAUGGAAAACCGAUUCGGACGAUAGAUUUAGGAAUGACCCACGUUCCGAAGGACAUUUUUGAGACGUACUUGCAGGAAAUUAGUCCUCGGUACACAGCCGAAACCUAUAGUCUACUCUCACACAACUGCAACAACUUCAGUAAUGAAGUUGCACAAUUUUUAGUUGGUGCUACCAUUCCUGAUUACAUUCUUGACCUCCCCAACAUAGUUAUGAGCAGUCCCAUGGGCGCCCUCAUAUUGCCUAUGAUUCAGAACCUGGAAAAUACAUUGAAGGCAGGUGCAGUUCCGAUGGCCCCGCAGUUCAAUCCUACUUCAGUAGGUCGGUCAGUUCCAACAGCCAACGUCCCUAGAUCAUCACCAUCGGGGUCGGGGUCAAAUAACACUAGAUCAUCAUCUGAUGCCAAGCCACUUGAGAAGACAAUGGGUGCAGGGCCACAGAAAUCAAAAGCAAAUGGAACUGCUGACUCACUUGGGGAUGCUCGUAGCAAGGUGCAGGAAGAAAUUGGCCGAGAAUUUGCAGCGAUCAUGGCAACGGGGACUCUGCGUGCGAGCGAAGCGGCAGCAUUGGCAACAAAAAGAGUGAUGCAGAAGUAUGGACAUGCUGCGGCCUUGUCACAGGGCUAGCUAGCUAAGCUAGUGCACAUUUUCAUUCAUUUUCAAUUGAAACGUUUACGGAUAAGAGGUGUAUUACUUUUGUGUGGGUUUUAAGAUGACCCAACAGCAUUCAAAACCAUACGAGAAUCCAUAUCAUUCUGUUACUGGCAGUUGUAAAACAAACUUUCUUAGUCUGAUACCAGUUGAUGGAGACAAAGAUUUAGAUCAUUUCGAUAA